CCAGCUCGCACCGCCCUUCGGGGUUCACGCAUUGCCGAAACAUUCGGUUUCUUACUUUUUUUCGGACACGCCUGCCCUUUAGGCAGGCAGGCACUUCCUUUUCCCUAGCUGGCUUGUCGCUCACGCGUGCGCUCACAUCCAAGAUGCACGUGUCAAGGCACAAGAGAGAUCCGGCUGUGUGUUGCUGCAGCACAUUCACUCGCUGACCCCGAGUCGUGACCGAGUCAUGUCCUAUCGGCUCCCGGACACUUAUACACUCCCUGACGACGUCUGUCCUAUUUGCUGCGAGCGCCUGGCGGAAGUGGUUGACGUCGCGAGGCUUGGAUGUGGCCAUUUCUUCUGCUUCCAGGUGGGUGCGUCCGUGUGUGGCUGAUUGGAGAUGAUUGACUCAUGGGGACACGCUUGCUUUGCUUGUUGCGCUGUGCCGGCCGUCCUGCCUGGCUGCAGUGUCUGAAGGAUGAGGGGUCGGCGACACUAGAAGAACUUGGCAGAUAGGAGAUCCACUUUGGUUCAAGUUUGUCUUUUGUGUCUUCUGCAGGGCCUCGUUCUAUGCUGAUUCUGAUGAGCGGCCGACCGGCACACGCACACUCCUUAAGCUCUUCCCCUGCCCUACCUGUCGCCUAGUAAGUCACCAAGACAAACCAAGACACACGCCAAGGGCCACCGACUGGUGUGUCUGCACUGAUCAGGGUUGCCACUUGGUUGAGCGCAUCAAGAGGCGAUCAGAGCCCUCUGAGCUGGUGACCGAUCCCCUCGACGGACCGUGGCGUGAGGUGACCGUCACGCAGGCUGGCGAUAUCGGGGAUGAGACUUGGCUGGCCACCUACUACAGUCCCCACGCUUUCUGGGACGACUUCAUGGGCCUGAACAACACGAGAUGCGUCGACGUGCUUCAGGAGAGACUGGUGUGGUUUCAGCGCAUUGCUGUGGUAACUCGGCGGGACCUGGCUGAAUCGUGGGAGAAGAUGGCUGUGACUGGUAUGCGCAAGUGGACCCAACUGAAGAUACGCAGCACUGCCGACCAGAGGAGGGAGGCCGUGGCGGACUUUUUCAAGUGGGAUGUGGGUGCUGAGACAAUGAGGGCAGACCUGCGCCAUAUUGAAGCCGGGCUGUCUGCCUGUCGGGAGCGGAUCAGACGGCUGAGCGGCAGCAAGGACAGGUACUCAACUGACGUGUCGAUAUGUCACUUUGCAGCUCCAUAUGCCUCUGUAGGUCUGGUGAGUCUGCGGAGCCGUUCAGUGUUGGCGAUGAGGUGUGGGUGUGUGGUUUGGCGAAGCGGCCAGAGUAUAAUGGGCUUCCUGGUUCUGUCGAGGAGGUCCUUCCGCCCCGCACCCAAGACAACAAGACGGACGUCACUCGGUCAGUGAGGUGCAGGGGAAAGCAUGAAGGAGACUAAAUGUUGGGUGUGUGUUUCUCCGUUCCUCCAUCCCUAUGCUCUGCGUGUGUGGGAAUGCAGGUACAAGGUGGCAUUGUCUGUAGGCGGCAUCGUGUUGUCGUUGCGGAAAGAGAACAUCCAUAUCGUCGACUUCAAGAUGAGUGCUUCCGAGCUCGACCAACUAAGGGACUUCAUGGGCACUUUGAAGCUCGACCCAACCUCCAGCCCGCCAGCUGAUCCUGACAAUUCCCUUGGUCGUCGGACCCAGCAAAGCGAUGACCGUAGCGUCCCCUCAAGCCGUCCUGUUCGCACAUUUGUACCCUUUUGGUAUCGGUCAGCCGUCGGGCGUCAAACAACAGCUGACCUCAACCAACAAUGUCAAGCACGUGCUCAACCGACUCGACAAGAGGACGAUCUGCCCAGCCACCAAGCCACACGUCCAGAAGCCACCGAUGACCCCGCCCGCCGACAGACGAGCGUGACUGACUUGAUGUCUGGUCUGGAGGCAGCGUCUCUGCCGGAAAGGGGCCGGACGUGGAUGAAGACAUGUGUGGUUUGGGUCGUGUCUCGAUACUUGGAAGUGUGUGUCCUGGUGAUUACGUGUACCAUGCUCUUUUUCGCAACACAUCUGUGGUACGUAUUCUGUGGAGUGAGUGACUCUUUUUGAGAUGGAGGGAUGCGCUUGACGAGCGGGUCGGAUUUGUUGUUCGAGUGGGUGGAUGGAUGGAUGGAUGGCUGGUCGUCAAGUAGACGGGAGGGAGGAUAGAUCUGUCGACUUGACUUCCGUGAGAAGGCACUAUGUCUGUGGGGGCAAAGGCUCAGCUCAGCUGUCUCUUCAUGUCUGUGCCAUCAAUGACAGAGUCACCCUGACAUGUGAUACGUACAUGGACAUCAAUCGACGCAGAUCGGUGAAAUGAGCCAUCCAUCAGUGCAAAUCGGUGACAGUUUCACUGCAUGCCGUGUCUUGUCACUGUCUUGUCCUUCGGAAGCUUAGU